AUGGCCGACAUAGACAACACCAAGGAUCUCACCAAGUUCAAGGCACUAAGUUUCGACUGCUAUGGCACACUGAUAGAGUGGGAACCCGGUCUGAUUGAGGCCCUCCAGCCCGUCACCAGCAAACUCCCCACCGAUCACCCCUACGCCAAGGACCCGAAGCUAGCCCUCCUGCGCUUCGACGAGUUCUCCAACGAGCUCGAGCACAAGCAGCCCGCGCUCAAGUACGACCUGAACCUCACCACGGCGCUGAAGAAGCUCGCGGCGGACGUCGGGCUGCCGGAGGUCUCGCUCUCCCAGGAGGACCUGGACGCCCUCGCGCGCGGACCCGGGCGCUGGCCCGCGUUCGCGGACACGAUCGAGGCGCUGCGCACGCUCAAGAAGCAUUAUAAGCUGAUUAUCCUGUCCAAUAUUGACAACGCCAACAUCGAAGCCACCACGUCGGGACCCCUAUCUGCCGUGCCCUUCGACGCCGUGUACACGGCCGAGGAGAUCGGGAGCUACAAGCCCGCGCCCGCAAACUUCGAGUACCUGUUCCGGCGGGCGCGGGACGAGCUUGGCGUCGACGCCGGGCCCGGGAGGGGAGGGCUGCUGCACGUCGCGCGGAGCCUGAGGGUCGACCACUCUGCCGCCAAGGCGCUUGGGUUCAGCAGCUGUUGGAUCUCGAGGGGUGGGGAGAAGAAGGAAGGGCAGGGGAUCGGGGGUGAGUAUGAGGCGAUGGUGAGGGAGGGCAAGGUCAGCUUCCAGUGGAGAUUUGAUACGCUUGGGGACUUUGCGAGGGAGGUCGCGAGGCAGUUUGCUGAUGAGUAG